AUGGAGUUACAGACUUCUGGCAGGCCAAUUGAGUCCUUGCUAGAGAAAGUCCUUUGCAUGAAUAUCAUGUCGUCUGAUUACUUCAAAGAGCUUUAUCGAUUGAAAACAUACCAUGAAGUUAUUGAUGAGAUAUACAAUCAAGUUGAUCAUGUGGAGCCAUGGAUGACUGGGAACUGUCGCGGUCCUUCAACCGCUUUCUGUCUUCUUUUUAAGUUUUUCACUAUGAAGCUUACUGUCAAGCAGAUGCACGGCCUACUGAAACAUCCGGAUUCCCCUUACAUAAGAGCGGUUGGAUUCCUCUAUCUGAGAUACUAUGCUGAUCCGAAGACUCUUUGGAGCUGGUUUGAGCCAUAUGCAAAAGAUGAUGAGGAAUUUUCUCCUGGAUCUAAUGGACGGAUGACUACGAUGGGUGUAUAUAUCCGUGAUUUGCUCCUUGGACAGUACUACUUCGACACACUUUUUCCCCGCAUUCCAGUUCCUGUAAUGCGUCAGGUUGUGGCAAAUCUUGAAAAGUUGAAGCUCCCUACUACACACUGUGGUACAACAGGAGAAACCACCCGCCAUGGUUCUGAUGACACUGCCCGUAGACCACCUUCUGUGAAAGCUGCCCUUUCAGUCUCUUUUGGUCAGCGUGCGCCACAUCGAGCCUCCACAAGGGAUUCUUCACCCAUUCGUCGUACAGUACCUCCUCAUGAAAAAAAUGGCACUGAUGAUAUAAGACGAUCUCCCAGUAAUCGCCGCAGUCAGAGUCGUGAAUAUCCUGAAAGGGAUAGAGACAGGGAGCGGUCACGCUCCAGGGAACGGGAAAGAGACCGAGACCGUGAAAGGGACAGGGAACGUGACAGGGACAGAUAUUAUGACCGAAAUAGGAGCAAGGACCGAGAUGCUGAAAGAUACAGGGAUCGGGAUCGAGAUCGGGACCGGGAUAGAGAUCAUGAGAGGGACAGAACCAGGAGGGAGAGGGACAGAGAGAGGAGUUAUGACUAUGAUAAGAGGUCUAAGUACGCAGAGAGAGAAAGUAGCCGGGAUUAUGACAACAUUGGCAAUGGUAGUAGGCACUAUCGUAGUAGGAGUCGAAGUAGGAGCAGGAGCCGAAGUCAGAGCCAAGUUGACACCGCACGAUAUGACUCGCGUUCUAGUCCACCGAGAGAUGCAAGUAAGAAGACUUCUGCAUCAAGUAAUCUAGCUAAACUUAAAGAUUUGUAUGGUGAUUUAGGUGAUAGUAAAGGAGAUGCCAACCUGGAAAGAAUUCCUAGAAGGAAUAAUGGUGGUGAAGAGGUUAUUAGACUUGGUGGCUCUUCUUGGAAGUAUUGA